AUGGUUCGAGUUUAUACCCAAAAACUGGCAUCGUAUAAUGUGUAUGUUCCUGGUACAGUUGUUGAAUCUAUUGAUCUGAAUUGUGAUGCAGUACUCACUGGCGGACGUGAAUUUCAAAAGUACAAAUACUGGGACUUUCAAUAUCACUUCAUCGAGAAUGAGUUAUUUCACUCUGGCAACAUCUGCGCAACAAUUCAGAAAUACUUCGUUUUUCAAAAUGAACCUCUAUCGAAAGAAGAAGCCGAUUAUCCACUAUCUUAUGGAUUUCUCAUCUAUAGAGACAUUGUGCAGUGCGACUGCAUCGACGAAUUUCCAAUAGUGAAAACGGUAGAGAGGGAGGCAAUGGAUGUUGAGCGUCUCGGAAAGAAUUGGACGCCUCGUCAAAAAGCUUCUGAUCACACAGCCGUCCUUUUCAAAAGUCACGGUUUGUUUCUGGAUUGUGAAGUAAUGGAACGAACACGUGCUCCGAAAACUACGUGCUGUCGUGCACCUUUCCACUUUGCUCAGGCUCGUCAGUUGCCCCAUUCAGCAACCGCCAUCUAA